AUGAAAGAUUUGGGUUUGCUUAGCUACUUCCUUGGCUUGGAAAUUUCUCAUGAUCCUUCUGGUUACUUUCUCACCCAGGCCAAGUAUACCAUUGAUCUCUUGGCUCAUGCUGGUCUUACUAAUUACAAGACUGCCUCUACCCCAGUUGAUCAUCCUCAGACUGGUCUCACACCUCUUGAUAGUCACCUAUUAUCUGAUGUUAUUUUAUAUUGUCUGUUAGUAGGCAGUCUUGUCUAUCUCACAGUUACUCGUCCAAGCAUUGCUUAUGCAAUUCACAUUGUCAAUCAGUUCAUGGCUGCUCCUCGUUCUCCGCAUUAUAAUGCUUUGGUUCGCAUUUUGUACUAUCUCAAAGGAACUAUGUUUCAUGGUCUUCACUACUCCGCAUACUCAUCUAUACAGUUACACACAUUUUCUGAUGCAGAUUGGGUAGGGGAUCCCAUUGAUCGUCGUUCUACUAUAGGAUUAUGUUUCUUCUUGGGUGAUUGUCUUAUUUCCUGGCGUAGCAAGACGCAAACUCUUGUUGCUCGUUCUAGUACUGAGGCUAAGUAUCGUGCUUUUGCUGACACUACUUAG